AAAAUUUGAUCCAAAAAAGCUUAAAGUUUGCUUAACCAUAUCUCUACAACGUUUGAAAAAUUGUCAAAUAAAAAAAGCUAAUCAGCAACAAAUUACUCGUAAGGAAAUAGCUAAAUUACUCUCUUUAAAAAAAGAUAACAGUGCAUAUUUUAAAACGGAGACCAUUAUAUGUGAGGACAGACUUUUGGAAGUUUUAGAACUAACCGAGCUUUUUUGCCAACUCUUACUCGCUCGCUUUGGUUUAAUUGAACAUAUGAAGUACUGCGAUGAUAGUAUUCUCGAGGCUGUUUGCUCUAUUAUUUGGAUCUCGCCUCGUCUGAUUACCGAAGCUAAAGAACUAGAACAAGUAAGAAAUUGGCUCUUAGUUAAGUAUGGAGAAGAAUUUUGCAAGAACGCAAUGGGAAAUAAAGGCGACUGUGUAAAUGAAAAGCUACUGAAGCGAACAGAAGUGCGGCCGCCUUCAAAAAAGCUUGUGCUUGCUUAUAUGAAGGAAAUUGCGUACGCUGCAAAUGUUGACUGGGCUCCUCCAAAGACACCUUCUGAGACAAAAACUGAAUCUUUGACUGAGGAGAGCUGUCCCUCGUCACUUCCUUCUCAAGAAUUUGACCAGGAAGAAUCUCUAGAUCUUCCCGCUCUCGAUGACUUGCCGCCUCCUGGAAGUUCUUCCGAAUUUAGUGAUCUUCCUCGCGAUGCCUUAAAAAAUAUUAAAAGUAACUUAAAUCUCUCUUCGGAUUCUGCCUCUGACAGCCCUGACGACUUUUCCAAUUUGAUCAACAGAUUUAAUAAUUUAAAGUAG